AUGAUGAUGCUCCGGCAGUUGAUACUCACUUUAUCCGGCCUCGCCGUCGGCCACGCCAUCUUCUUCGGAAUGGGAGGCGGUGGCGGCGGCGGCGGCGGCUGUUGUUGCGGAUGCGGAACUCCACAGCCACCGAGCUGCGGUUGUGCUCCAGCGGUUAGUCUUCAGCGUUAGCCUGAGCUUUUCAGCAACACAAUAUUCCAGUGUCCUCAAGCGCCGGCGUGUCCAGUGUGUCCCGCUCCUCAACCAUGUCCACCUCCACCACAAGCGUAUUGUCCCCAAGUGCAACCCGUCUACAUUCAAAGCUCCGGAGGAUGUGGUAGGUCACGGGCGUGUCACGUUGCGAAAAAAAAGAGAGCAUUAAAACAAUUCAAAGUUUUCCGUGUUGGCGCGAUCAAAAUUUUCGGAUAAUAUGCUAGAAGUUUCGCGAUAGGGGUCCCGCAGCGAAUAUUGCAAUUUCGUUUCGAGACCCGCUUUCACAGAAAACACAGACAAAACUCAACAAUUUCAGGAGGUGGCGGCGGCUGCGGCGGAGGUUGUGGAGGCGGUGGAGGUGGAUGCGGAGGCGGCGGCGGCGGCUACGCGGGUGGUGGCGGAAGCUACGCAUCGGCGCCAGUGUCUCUUCCGGCUCCAUCUGCAGGAUACGCGGGCGGAGCUGCUCCGUUCGCAGCUCCAAGUGGUGGAUACUCUGGCGGCGGCGGCGGCGGUGGCGGAGGUGGUUACUCGAGCGGAUACUCUUCUCGCGGAGGAGGUGGCGGAUAUUCCGGUGGAGCAGUGGCCGCCGGAGCCACGGCCGCGCAAGUCGACGAGGCGACAGAAUCGGGAGGCGCGGAGGGCACCGAACCGGCAGCCGAUCAAGUGUUCCGAUCGCCGAAGGAACAGUGCACACAGCAAGUCAAGUACAUUAUGCUCAGAAGCCGAAAGGUGCCGGGCACGGACACGUCGGAGCUGGUGGAGGAGGAGUUGGAGCAGGUGCAGAACCCGCCGCCGCACGUGGAGGCGACCGCGAGUCCGUUGGACGCUCAGCUGGGAGAUGAGAUUGCCGCGCAGGAUCAGGCGGCGACGGAAGAAGUGGUGGGCGAGGAGGAUUCCAGCGAUGGAGGGGACUUCAAGGCUCGCGGAGCAAAAACUGCGAUCACCGAUGAGAAGUGCAACAGCAAGGUUCUUCAGAAGCUCGUCACCGAUGUAAGUGGACCGUUGCCAAAAUUAAAAAUCAAUUAACUUGCAGAACAUUUCCGCGAAUGACGCGCUGGCGUCGAAGAAGGCGAUCCACGAGAAUGCUUUGCAGCAGUUCCCAGACAGCAGCGUGGACGUCAUCUGCUCGACGACUGGCUUCACAUAUCUGGUGAGCACGACAGAGCACUGCGAAGCUCAGAAGGACGGUGUCAUCUGUUUCGUUUAUAAGCGACCACUGUAA